UCGAUAGUUAUCUUCGAGAUAAAAUGGCGGCGUACAUACAACCUAGUAUAAUAUCAAUAUUAUACUUUUACGUUUUUUAAAUCUUUAAGUAUUAGAAAUAAACAGAGUGACAAUAAAUAACUUUAAAAUCUAUAGAAAUUUUAAACAUAUGUUUAAAUAAAUAUCUAUUAAAUAUUCUAAUUUAUUGUAACGUAUUAGUACGCCAUAUCUACAUAAUUUAUAUAUUACUUUUUUUAUGUUAAUCAUAUUUUAAUAUUACAUUUAUGUUAUAUUUAUAAAAUAUUUUAUCUAAUUUGAAAAAUUAAUAAAUUAGUAUUAAAUAAAUAAGAUGCAUACAACUGGAAAUUUUAUUUUACAUGGUGGUGAUACAGCAUUUGCAAAUAGACAAAAAUUAUUAUUUGAUAAAUUAUCAGAUGCAGAACAAGAAUGUAAUAAGAAUAAAAUUGUUAAUGAACCCAUGGAUAUGGAUUCAAAUAUUGAACAAUCAAACUACUUUCAAAUUUUGAAAGCUGGCCGUCAAAGUCAAACAAGAAGAUUUCGUGGUAAAGAAAGUAUAUUUAAGAGACCAGAAGGUCCAGCACCGCGUGCUCUUAAUAGAAGUAUACCAGAUUUUCACAAGAAUCCUCAUAAAUGGAAAAAAUAUAGUUUAGAUGAUGUAUCUAAUGAUGACAUGACAGAAGAAAGUAAUACAAGAGCUGCAUUGUCAUUUUUAAAAGAAUUAAAAGCAAGAAGAUCAUUGGAAAAGCUGAAACAAUCAGAAAAAAUAGAUAUAAAUGAAUCUGAUUUAGUUAAUAAAAGUCAAAUGAAGAUAAUAUUUAAAUCCAAGAAAAAGAAAAUAUCUACUGAAAUUGGAUUUAAAAAACCUGAAAAUAAUACUAAUAAUAUAGAUAAUAUACCAAUUAUUAUUGAAAACAAUGAUAAGCCAGUCUUUAAGAAUAGUAAACUUAUUAUGCCAGAAUAUGUUGUUGGUCAGAAAAGAAAGACAAAAGUUAAGAAAGAAAAAUGUAUAGCGAAGGUAGAUAGAUCAAAACAACUUAAAUUAGAUCAUCUAGAAGAACUUGAUGAAGAAGAAAAUUAAAUAUUAACGAAUUAAUUAUUAUUUAAAAUUUUUUGUAUAAUAUGAGUAUUUAAUAUUUGUUCUUGAUUAAAUUGAUUAAUUGUACUUUGAAUAUAGCAGCAAUAAAUACACUGUACAUCAUUUUAGGUAUAAAAUGUUCUAUAUUUUAUACGA